AACAUUCGAGUUCGUUGGUAAACCAGAAACUAUAUGGAAGCAACACCGUUACCGACCCUUAAAACAUUCCCCAAUCAGACAAACCCAUUUCCACAUGCCGAUCCGCCUCUGCAAUCGCUGCCGUCAACCAGUCGCCGGAAAAUGACGUCGGAAUCAUCCUUCCCUUCCUUCUCCGCCGCCGUCGACUCCGUCCAAACCUCUCUCUCCUAUCUCUGCUCGGACAAUGACAACAACCAGCAAUCUUACUCCUCCAACGUCACACGCCGCUUCUCCGGCUUUGCCCACCGCCUCCAGCUCGCCACCAACCAUCUCCUCCGGUCCUCGCGGUCUCCGGACUAUUCCGACUUCCCUCCCUCCGUCCACACCGCUCUCAGAGGCAUCGCAGGUGACCUCGCCAGCGCCGGCGAGAUGGUUAGGUUUUACCGUACGAAAAGCAAGACCUUGGUGCUCGUCAACUGCGUUUCUCUAUGCGCGUCAAUCCAGGAGCGAACCCUGGCCAUCUCCAGAUGGCUCAACUUGCUCGAUUCCGCCAUUCCCGACCUUCCAGACCUUCGCAAGAAGAUCGCCGAUCUCUCCACGGACAUGAAGCAAGCUAACUUCAAAGUUACAGAGAACGAAGAAAGAGUGCACUGUACGUUGCAGAAAGAGGGACAGCGAAGGCAAACGAAGACGAGCAAGGCCGUCGAGAGCGCGAUCGUCAUGGAUUUAGCUCGUGCCCUAGGCGUCGACCCUGAGAACCACGCCGUUCUGUCCGAACAGAUCAAGCUGCUCAAAAACGACGUCGCUCAGUCGAGGUCGGUCUCCGAGAGGCGGAUUCUCUCGUCGCUGGAGCGAAUCAUGGAGAAUUGGUCGACGGAGCCGACCGUCGCAACCUGGAAACUGGACAUCGAAUUCGAGGACGACGCUCACAUCUCGCCGUUCAAGAACUUCAUCUGUCCCCUGACGAAGGAGGUGAUGAAGGAGCCCGUGGUGUUGGAGUCUUCGCAGACGUACGAGCGAGCCGCCAUUGAGUACUGGUUCGAGCGGUGCCUGGAGGAUGGCCGAGACCCCACGUGUCCGGUCACCGGGCAGGUGCUCGGGACGUUGGAGCUGAAGCCGAACAUCGGGUUGGCGGGGGCAAUAGAGGAGUGGCUCAACAGGAACGUCGAAAUUCAAGUGAAAAUCGCGGUGCAGAAUCUCGGCGAGGAGCCACCUUCGGUGGAUUUUGUGGAGAGAGUGUUGGAUAAUGUUUACAAGAUUUCGGAGGAGCAUCCUGUGAGCAGAUACAAAUUUCGCAAUGCAGGUAUUGUUGAGCUGAUCGUGAAGCUGCUGAGGAAUAGUUCCAAGAGCAUUGGGACGAACUUGCGCAGCAAAUGCCUGUUGGCUCUGCUUAGCAUGGCCAAGGAUGAAGAAAGCAAGAGAAUCAUGCUUGAAGAUGGCACCACUAAGUUGGCUAUACAUAGUCUCAUGGCUAGCUCAGAGAAAGAGAGAGAGUGUGCAGUGAAGUUAUUACUUGAGUUUGGUAGUGAUGAAGCGUGUUGCAUCAAAAUUGCAUCUGAAAAAGGCGCAUUGCUUCUUCUCUCAAGUAUGUCAGGAAACCUAGAGCAUCCUGCUUUAUCCAAUCUAGCAGAGCAGGUUUUAAAGCGGAUGGAGAAGGCAGAAGAUAAUAUUAUGCAUUUAGCUGCAGCAGGGAGAUUUGAGCCCUUGCUUAACCGUCUUUGUGAAGGUUCUGAUGAUAUCAAAAUAGAAAUGGCAUCUAUUGUCGGAAAAAUGACCUUGACAAAUAAUGGAAAGGAACAACUUGCUAGGCAAGGUGCUAAAAUGCUAGUUGAGAUGCUAUCCAAGCCAGCAGCGCAGGCAUCAAGCUUGCAGGCGCUGCAUAACUUGUCAAGUUUAGAUGACAAUGCAACCAUCCUCGUUGAUUCAAAUGUCCUUCCAGCUCUUACAGAUAUCCUUUCUCGAAAUCAGGAUACAUCAUCUGAAUCAAAGGAAUUGGCUGCAUUAAUAAUGGCAAAUAUAGUAUCAAAUCCAGGACACUGGGAAUUAGCAUCUGCUGACAAGGAAGGGCAUUCUAUGCAGUCAGAAUCAAUUGUAUAUAGUCUUCUAGCACUUUUACUGGAAGUCUCUUCUAGAUAUCAAGCAUCUAUUCUCCAAAUCCUAUGUGGAAUUGCAUCCUCCCCCCAGGCGUCAGAACCUGUAGCUUCUCAUAUCAAAUCUGGCGGAGGUGUUGGAACUAUUUUAUCUUUUCUUGAGCACCCAGAAGUUGAGAACAGAAAAUAUGCAUUCAGGCUUUCCAGAGUACUUUCAGAAAGGUUUGGUCAAGAUCUAGUUCACGAUCUAAGAGCUUCUAACAAGCUUACCUUGUUUAGAGACAGAUUAUUAGAUAACCAAUAUAAAGGUGGCGAGAGAUCUGAUGCUGCACGUAUACUUGCUAACCUGUCCCUUUCUGAAGAUGAAGUGAAAGUACUCCUAGGAGCUGAUUUUGUAAGAUGGGCAGUUAAUACUCUUGAAACUCAGUGUCGCAACUCCAAGGGCAGGGUCACAGAGCAUGCAGCAAGCAUGCUGGAAGGUCUUCUUGGUAUUUUGCUCCACUUUACAAGGAGCAUUGAUCUGCUAACUCUUCAAACGGUUAGAGAGAAUUCACUUAUGACAAUUUUCUGUGAGCAGCUUUGUUAUCCAUCAAAACCAAGAGUGAAACAACUAGCUGCUGUGGGAUUGAAAAACUUGUCUGAGUGUGGAAGGCAACUUGCUGCUCGGGACUCUGAACCACAGCCUCCUCAAGGAUUCUGCUCUUCCUUGGUCUUCAUGUGUGGAAGGGCUUCUUCCCAACCUUCCAUGUGCCCAAUUCACUCCAUUCCAUGUGAGGAAGAGAGUCAGUGGUGCUUGCUAAAGAGCAACUGUAUCAAGCCCCUAGUUGAGCUUCUCACAGACGAGGACACAGUUGUUCAAAUUGCUGCGAUAGAAGCACUAUCAACACUUGUGAUGGAUACUUCUAGCAGUUUUAAGAGAGCAGCAGAUGAGCUUGAACGAUUAGGUGUCAUCAAUGGCGUGAUUGAUCUUUUCAUAGAAGCUCGAUCCGAUGAACUUCAGGAAAAGACAAUUUGGAUAAUAGAGAGGAUAUUGAGAGUGGAAAACCAUAAUCAACCGCUCUCACUGAAUCAAGCUCUAGUGAGGGCGUUGGUCGAAGCCUUUAGACGUGGUAAUCCGAACACGAAGAGGCAUGCUCAGGAUGCUCUUACUAACUUAAAGCAGUUAUCAGGAGUUAGCGGAAAGGCCUCCAUUCAAAUUCAAUCAAGGAGAUAGUGAAAGAUUAAUGUUGUUUUAUUUUUGUCAAUGUUGUAUAAACUAAUCUAAAGUUCCACCUGUAAAGAAAUAGUCAAAGUGCUCAAUUUUGUA